UCCAACCGCUCUGCACUCAUUCCCCUCCAGCCCGAGCAGUAGGACAGCACCAUGACCUCCUCCUCAAACCGCAGCUUUGUGGCCUCUGGUGGAUCCAUGAGAAUGGGCUAUCCUCGCUAUUCCGGUGGUAGCAUGGGAGGUGGACAGAUCAGCUCCAUGAGGGCCGGCAGCGUGUACGGGGAUGCAGGUGGCUCCGGGGUGCGCAUCUCCAAUACCUCUAACACUUACUCUGCUGGUGGUGGUUUUGGCAUGGGUGGUGGGGCUGGUGGCUUCAACGUGUCUGACUCUGUCGAUGUGAACGAGAACAAGAAAUCCACCAUGCAGAACCUGAACGACCGUCUGGCCACUUACCUGGACAAGGUCCGCUCCCUGGAGACGGCCAACGCUGAUCUGGAGCACAAGAUCUGCAUGUUCCUGGUGGCCAAGACCAAGACAGAAUUUCAUGACUGCACUGCCUUCAAGGUCACCAUCCAUGAGCUCCAAGACAGGAUCGUUGAUGCCACUCAUUUGAAUGGAGGAAUCCACCUGGCCAUUGACAACGCUAAGCUGGCCACAGAUGACUUUCAAGCAAAGUAUGAGAAUGAGCUGGCUAUGAGGCAGGCUGUGGAGGCCGACAUCAAUGGGCUGAGGAGGGUGCUGGACGAGCUGACUUUGGCCAGAUCUGACCUGGAGAUGCAGAUUGAGGGGCUUAGAGAGGAGUUGACCCACCUCAAGAUGAACCACGAGGAGGACCUCUUGGCCAUGCAUAAUCAGAUGAGCGGCCAGGUCAACGUGGAGGUGGACGCUGCACCACAGGAAGACCUCACCAAAGUCAUGGCUGAAAUCCGCGACCACUACGAGGCCGUCGCUAACAAGAACUGUAAAGAUCUGGAGGGCUGGUUCAAUGCCAAGUCAGAAGAAAUCAACAAUGUUGUGGCAGUCAGCACAGAGACCCUCCAAUCAUCCAGAUCUGAAAUCACUGAAGUUAAGCGCACACUGCAAAGUCUAGAAAUCGAACUCCAAUCCCAACUCAGCAUGAAAGCAUCCCUGGAAGGCACCCUGGCUGAUACACAGAGCCGCUAUGCCAAUAUGCUAGCCGGCUACCAGAGGCAGGUGACCAGCCUGGAGGACCAGCUUGGUCAUCUUCGUGCUGACCUGGACCGCCAGGGCCAACAGUACAGAAUGCUACUGGACAUCAAGACUAGGUUGGAGAUGGAGAUCGCUGAGUACAGGAGGCUGCUUGAUGGAGAGUUUUCCAGCCAUCCUGUCAUAGAGCAACCAGAGAGCACCGCAAAUAGCCAGGAUGGCAGCCAGGCACCCAGAAUAAGUAAGGUAGAGCCCCCUCUCCUCUCCCUCAUAAAAAGACCUAUGUCCAAUGACUCUUCACUCACUCUUCUCUACUCAGACCAGACAGCAACCUCCGCCACCAUGACCUCCUUCUCCAGCAACAGCUUCAUGUCCCCUGCAUCUAUGGGCUCCUUUCGCCACAUGUCCAUGUCUAGUGGAGGUAGACACAUCCGCGCCAUGAGGGCCGGUAGCGUGUACGGGGGUGCCGGUGGGUCCGGGGUGCGCAUCUCCAGUGCCUCCAGCACCUUCUCUGCUGGCAGUGAGGCUGGUGGUAGCUCCAGCCUGGCCGACGCCGUCUACCUGAACGAAAAUAAGAAGGCCACCAUGCAGAACCUGAAUGAUCGUCUAUCCUCCUACCUGGACAAGGUCCGCUCCCUGGAGAAGGCCAACGCUGAUCUGGAGGUGAAGAUCCACCAGUCCCUGGAGAAAAAAGCCACACCUGAGGCUCAUGACUGCACUGCCUUCAAAAUAGUCAUCGGCAAACUCCAAAACCAGAUAUUUGAUGCCACUCAUAUGAAUGGAGGAUUAUACCUGGCUAUUGACAAUGCUAAGCUGGCAGCAGAUGACUUUCAAGUCAAGUAUGAGAAUGAGCUGGCUGUGACGCAAUGUGUGGAGGCUGAUAUUGCUGGGCUGAGGUGGGUGAGGGACGAGCUGACCAUUGGAGGAUCCAACCUGGAGAUGGCGGUUGAGGAGCUGAAGGAGGAGAUGGUCCACCUCAAGAAGAACCACAAGGAGGAGGUCAAGGCCCUUCGGGCACAGGUGGGUAGUCAGACGGUCAAUGUGGAGGUUGAUGCUGCACCACAGGAAGACCUCACCAAAGUCAUGGCUGAGAUCCGUGAGCACUACGAUGCUGUUGCUGCCAAGAACCACAAAGAACUGGAGAGCUGGUUCAAUGCAAAGACAGAAGAAAUCCAGAAAACUGUCGCCUGCAGCACCAAAACCGUCCAAUCAUCCCAAUCUGAAAUCACUGAAGUUAAACGCAUAAUGCAAAGUCUAGAAAUCGAAUUCCAAUCUGAACUCAGCAUGAAAGCAUCCCUGGAGGGCACCCUGGCUGACACACAGAACCGCUAUGCCAAUAUGCUAUUGAGCUAUCAGAUGCAGGUGACCAGCUUAGAGGGCCAUCUUGGUCAGAUACGUGGUGACUUGGAGCGCCAGGGCCAGGAAUACCAGAUGCUGCUGGACAUCAAGACCAGGCUGGAGAUGGAGAUCGCGGAGUACAGGAGACUGCUGGACGGAGAAAUGACAAGCAGUCUAUGGACAAGUGUCUCCUCCUCCUCCUCUACCACCACCAGGAAGGUCAUCACAGUGGUAGAAGAGGUGGUGGAUGGGAAAGUGGUCUCCUCCACCCAAUCCUCAGCUUCUUCAUAUGCACGCCACUGAUGCAGUACAUGAGUGUACUGAGGGAAAUACAACAACUGAUUAUCUGACUCACUAAACAUCCAGUGCAUAUCUG